CGCCUCAGUGCCUGCCCCGCUCCGUUUGCAAAUUAUGUGAAACGUCUACAAUCUGCAAACUCUACCACUAUAGGCAGAAAAUAAACGCUUAAACACUUGCUGACUUUUGUGAAGUUUGAGACCAAAAAUGGCCGCAACGAACUCUAUCUCUAUCCCAUUAGCGCGUAAAUCGUCACUCUUAUCCCGUCUCGCCGAAUCCACAACGGUUUCUCGAAUUCCAUCAAUCCCAACGCAGAUAAGAGGGUUAAGGAGCUGUUCUUCCUGUGGGUCCCACGUAAAACCCCUGAGUUCCGGUCGUCUUGUUGGGUUUAAGGAUUUUGGUCACGAUGGAAUCGCGUCGGGACAAGUGGGCUCUGUUCGUUUUCGAGUUUCUGCUGUUUCGGACGGUGGAGCUGGCGGAUAUGGCGGCUCUGGUGAUGGGAGUUCUGGCGGCGGCGGAGGAGGUGAAGGACAAGGUCAAGGUGAUGGCAGCGAAGGUGGUCAAAACAACUGGUCUUUGCUUUCGUGGUACUUGGGUCUUCUUGCAAAAUACCCUGUGACAACAAAAGCUAUAACAUCUGCUUUCUUAAAUUUAACUGGAGAUUUGAUCUGCCAGAUUUUGAUAGAUCAAGUGCCAUCACUAGACCUAAAAAGGACAUUCCUAUUUACCCUAUUGGGCCUUGUGUUAGUAGGUCCGACAUUACAUUUCUGGUAUUUGUAUCUGAGCAAAUUGGUUACCGUUCCAGGAGCGUCAGGUGCAUUUUUGCGUCUUCUACUUGAUCAGUUUCUUUUUGCUCCUACGUUCAUUGGAGUUUUCUUAUCUACAUUGAUGACACUUGAAGGAAGACCUUCACAAGUUGUACCCAAGCUUCAACAGGAGUGGUUUUCUGCUGUCGUUGCUAAUUGGCGGCUUUGGAUACCUUUCCAAUUUCUCAACUUCCUAUAUGUCCCACAGCAGUUUCAGGUCCUUGCUGCUAAUUUUAUUGCUUUGAUUUGGAAUGUUAUACUGUCUUUUAAAGCUCACAAAGAAAUCCUUCCAAAAAAGGUAUGAUUCCAACUACAACAAAUGUAUCCUGUUUUGCAACUUCAAGAGUUCUGCCAUGUUGGAGCCAAGAAGUUAGAAGCUUCUGUUGAUUAUAGUUUUUGCUCUCUCAGAAUAUUUUCUUUCACGGUUGUUCUUUUUUUUUUUUUUUU